UACCUCUUCAGUCGUCGUCCGGGCGCGUCGCGGCGCGAAGCCUCGUUUGCGAUUCCGUUGCAUCGUCACUCUUGGCAGGUGAUAACGUUUCCAUUAUCGAGUGGUCGCUGGAGUACUUUGCUUGAGCUUGGCGAGCUCGUUCAAACUAACCCUGAGAAAUCACGUAAUGCUUCGCCGAAAAGAGACGACACUUGCGCAAACGGCUGCUUGUUCUCCAAUUCUCUAGUUGUUCACUUGGCAUCGCAUUCUUAGUUAUCGCAUCAUGUGGAACCGCAAAGUGUUCAUCCGAAUAAUCGAAGUGCUCCUAUGCGUCGCUUGCGUCGUCGCGCUUAGGGUGACGGACGACGAGAGUCGGAGGGUGUUUCACUAUCUGAGAAGUCGCAGCAGGGAGUGGUCGUUGCUGAACAACGUGACAUGGGGCAGCAUAGGUGCUGCUCUUGCAACGGCAACCUGCGGCGGAUACAUCAUCAUAACGACCGGUCUCCUGAUCGCCGCGGCUACCCAGGAACUUCGCGGCCGCAAGACGGAAUUUUUCCUGCUCGGACUGGGUGUGAUCCUCUUCGGGAUAGUCGGCGCCUUGUCGCUCGCAUCUCUCGACAGCGUUCCUGAGGAUUUAGUCGAUAAUGCCGCCGUUUUGGGAGCGCUAUGCCUGGUGACGGCGUUGGUGUUCAUCGGGGACUUGCUAAUGAGUCCACCUCGCCAGAAGGACAAACAGGACGAAGCGCGAAUUCUUGAGAAAGACUUGGCCAAACGCCAGGUAACUCCAGUGGUGACCACCGAGGACGCGAAAUCAAAGUCAAAGCCAAGCGUAGUGGUGAAGCUUCCCGAGGAAGAAGACGGUCGCGUGAAUGACGUUUUCCAGAAGGCGGACGAUCGUCGGUCUCCUACAAGAUCGCAGCAGGAAGAGAUUCAUCCGCGGGAUUCAUCCCGAGACGAUCGGAGGCCGCGCGGCGAUCAGGAACCGAGAGAAUACACGCAAAAUUUUGAGAACGGCCGUGUUCUCCGUGACUCGCAGAGAUACCGGGACGAUACACCGCGAUCGAGCGCAUACGAUCCGGAUCGCAGGAUCGAUGACUCCAGGAUAAUGUACAAGAGUCGGGACAUUUACCAGCGGCCGAUCGAUGAGAUCGACACGCCGCGGUUUCCCACGGAAUUCGAAAAGAGAGAUCCAAUGUUCGCGAAAAUCGUCAAUCCGAGCGUGAGGAUCAUGAAAGUUGAGCGAGACGUCGAAGAGGAACUGGACAACUACAGAUAUUCAGACAACAGCCAGUAUGACAACGUGCCCGUUAGGAUGCGUGGCCCGUCGUCUGGGAUCUUGAAGGGCUAUCGUGACGUGUCCUUCAAUGCACCUCCUCCACCUAAAGACUAUCGCUCCAGAGGACGAGAAAGAUCCAAGGAUGAGAUCGAGAUGCUGGAGGAAUACUUGGGCGCACUGAGAACCACCGGGACGCAGACUGCACCAUCGUCGCCGACCGAUCCAGGAUACGUUCGACAUACUGCAAGUAAUUGGCCGCAGGACGCUAAAUCGAGACCUAGUCCUGACCACACUAGGGUUUAAUCCUUUCACGAGUAACGAGCGUUCUUGGUCUUUAAUCGAAUAAAAACAUAAGUUUUCGCUCGUGUAAAAUUAAACCUCUUCAAACGUUUCUCGAUUUCUUUUAACUAAAGAAACGAAACGUUUCUUUAAUUUUGUAAUAUUUUACUGUUUGCAUUUAUGUGAUUAUUUAUCACAGUUUUUUUUCUAUAAAUAAUUUAAAAUCCGUGAAAGGAUUAAAGGUAUUAACGUUCAGACUUAUUAACAUGUACCAGAUGCAUGUGCCACGAGUAAGGUUUCGUACUUAAGUAAUAGUUGUAACAAAGUGAACAAAAUUUCUUAUACAUAUAAAGACAGGAUAUCUAUCACAGGAUUGCAACGACUUUGAAAUUGACAAGUAUUUCAACAGGUUUUACAUGUUAUUAAUUUCUGUAUUUAUCGUUCUAAAAGCAUUUACUUUGCAAAAGCCUGUGAUAAUCAAGUUAAAAAUAGGCAGGAAACGAAAAUACAUCUUUUUAUACGUACAAAUUUUAAUAUAAAGUUAAUAUCUUCACAUUUCUCUUUCUCUCUUUCUCUCUCGUACUCCUAUAUGCAUACAUACAAUUAUUAUUAAUAAUCUUUUGAUGAUAACAUAUAAUCGAUGCGUGGUUAGUCCUUCCGUUCACUCAUCAAGACGUAUGUUAAUAUUACCGCCACGAUGGAUGUAAUCUCUAUUUCUUCUUUUUUUAAUGAAAUCUUUAAUAUAAAUAAAUGCUAUACAAGUC